CAAAGAUGGCGGUGCGCGCGGUGUUGUGCGUGCUCCUCGGUCUGCACUGCUCCGUCUUCUGCUCGCCCGUUCCGCGGGUUUCGGUGUGCGGCUACGAGUCAUGUCCGGCGACGAAACCCAAGAUGCUAAAUGUUCAUCUGGUCCCUCACACACACGACGAUGUUGGCUGGCUGAAAACUGUGGACCAGUACUACUACGGAGGCCGUAAUGAUAUCCAACACGCGGGGGUGCAGUACAUCCUGGACUCUGUGGUGGCAGCGUUGCAGAAGGAUCCGGCACGCAGGUUCAUCUACGUGGAGACAGCGUUCUUCUACCGCUGGUGGAAGCAGCAGAACCCGAGCACGCGACGCGUCGUCACCCAGCUGGUGGAGCAGGGGCGCCUGGAGUUCAUCAACGGCGGCUGGUGCAUGAGCGACGAGGCCACUACCCACUAUAGCGCCGUGAUCGACCAGAUGACUCUGGGCCUGCGAUUCCUCAACGACACCUUUGGCGAGUGUGGCCGGCCGCGCGUGGCCUGGCACAUCGACCCGUUUGGCCACGCCCGCGAGCACGCCUCCUUGUUUGCCCAGAUGGGCUUUGAUGGGUUCUUCUUCGGCCGGUUGGACUACCAGGACAAGGCACGGAGGAUGAAGGCAAGAGAGAUGGAGAUGGUGUGGAGGGCCAGUCAGAGUCUUAAGCCCCCUGCUGCUGACCUUUUUACAGGUGUGCUCCCCAAUGGCUACAACCCCCCGCCGGGAUUCUGCUGGGACCAGUCCUGCUCUGACGCCCCGGUCCAGGAUGACCCCGACCUCGAUGACUACAACGUGGACAUGCUAGUCGCUACGUUUCUAAACAUCGCCAGUGCACAGGCUCAAGUGUACAAGACCAACCACAUCGUCAUGACCAUGGGCUCCGAUUUCCAGUACGAGAACGCUAAUCUUUGGUAUAAGAACAUGGACAAGCUCAUCCGCUACGUUAACGCACAGCAGGCCAAUGGCAGCGUCGUGAACGUGCUCUAUUCUACCCCCUCCUGUUACCUGCAGGAACUACACCUGGCCAACCUCACCUGGCCUUUAAAAACAGAUGACUUCUUCCCGUAUGCUGACGAUGCCCAUGAUUUCUGGACGGGCUACUUCACCAGCCGCCCAGCGCUGAAGCGCUACGAGAGGCUGAGUAACAGCUUACUGCAGACCUGUAACCAGCUGGAGGUGCUGGGUGGAGCCAAGUCCAGGAGUGGCCCGUUUGGAGAAGGGCACAGCGACACCAUGAAGAGAGCAAUGGCGGUGGCGCAACAUCACGAUGCAGUUUCUGGCACCGAGAGGCAGCACGUUGCCUACGACUACGCCAAGAGGCUGGCGACAGGCUGGGCCCACUGCCAGGUGCUGGUCCGUAACUCUCUGGCUGUGCUCAGCGGUUCGGACGUCCCGCGGGUUUUCUGCGAGAACCUCAACAUCAGUGUGUGUCCCCUCACUGAGGGCAGCAAGAAGUUCUCUAUGAACGUGUAUAACCCCCUGGCUCGUGUGGUUACGUGGUCUGUUCGCCUGCCUGUCAACGGCACUUCAUACAGCGUUACGGACUCGAAUGGGAAAGAGAUGGACAGUCAGGUGAUACCUGUAUCUAAGGCAACCCAAGACCUGCGCAGGGACAGGGGCUAUGCUAAGUAUGAGCUGGUGUUCGAGGUGCAGGCUCCGCCCAUGGGCUACACCACCUACUCCGUCACCCUGCUGAAGGCUCAUCCUGCCCGCGCCCCCACCACACCCAAAGCCCCCGCCUCCAUGCAGAACAAGUACCUGAAGGUGACCUUCGACCCUGCCACGGGCCUUCUGAGUGGACUGACCAACCUGGAAACACAGCAGAGCAUCCAGCUCACCCAAAACUUCUACUGGUACAACGCCAGCGGUGGUGACGCAGAGAGCAGGCAGGCAUCAGGGGCAUACAUCUUCAGACCGAACUCCUCCACUCCCAUCUCCAUCAACCAGAACCCCAACAUCUCCACUCUGCAGAACUCUGUGGUGCAGGAGGUAAGGCAGCAGUUCAGUCCAUGGGUGUCUCAAGUGGUGCGUCUGUACAAUGGCAGCAGAGAGUUGGAAUUGGAGUGGACUGUUGGACCUGUACCUGUAGCUGACGGUUUGGGGAAGGAGGUCAUCACGCGACUGGACAGCAACAUCAGCUCAGCUGGAUACUUCUACACCGACUCCAACGGCAGGGAGGUCAUGGAGAGACGGAAAGAUUACCGGCCCACCUGGGACUUGAAACAAACCGAGCCGAUUGCGGGGAACUAUUAUCCAAUCAACUCUCGUGCUUUCAUAAAGGAUGGGAGGAAUCAGAUGACGGUGGUGACGGACAGGUCACAGGGCGUCAGCAGCAUCUAUAACGGGUCACUGGAGAUCAUGCUACACAGGCGUCUGUUGCAUGACGACGUGCGCGGGGUCGAGGAGCCUCUCUCCGAACCGGGCGAAUUCGCCGAUGGCCUCGUGGUCCGCGGGCGUCUGCUGGUGAUGCUCACUCCGCCAGAGACUGCCGCCGACAUGCACAGACCCCUCGCCCAGGGCAUGGUGCUACAACCAAUGCUGUCCUUCCAGGAGGGGGCGCUACCUCGCAACGCCAAGCUGGAGUUUUCAGGCCUGCAGGCUGCGCUGCCCCCUGCUGUUCACCUGCUGACAGUGUCUCAAUGGAGCAAUGACUCUGUCCUGCUCAGACUGGAGCACCAGUAUGAGAGUUCAGAGAGCAAAACCUACUCGCUGCCGGUUACAGUGAACCUGCAGAAGUUGUUUUCCACCUUGGAGAUAGUGGGGGUGUCGGAGAUGAGUCUGGGAGCGAAUCAGUGGAAGGAGGAUAUGAAGCGGCUGCAGUGGAAGCCCAGCACGGGUGAUGAUAUGAAACCAGUGGGAGGUGGCCUGGGAGACCCCACCCCCUGGGAAAUCACUCUGCAGCCAAUGGAGAUUCGCACCUUCCUGCUGCGUGUGCAGCGUAGAUAGCCAAUCACUGUUCGCAAACUCGGCAACAGCCAGUGAUGCAGCUGUACUGACCAAGCAGCAGGGGGGCAGGAUGUGUUCAUCAUGGAAUUGAGCUCAUGACCUACUGGCUCAAUCAUGGACACUAUACAUUUUGCUUCUAUAGAAACAGGAAGCUUUGUUUGCACAUCAAUGUUGUUUAUACUUAAUUCCACUUAAUGUAAUUUCUUCAUUUAUCAGCUGGACCCAAUUUUCCCUUUGGGGUUUCAGGCCAAGGUGUCCUAUGAAGAGGGGGGGGGGGGGAAUAAAUAAAUAAACAAACAAACAGUGGGGUGUUUGUGUUGCUAAUGCAACAUCAGUCCUCCCCGGGGUCACUGUAGGACGUGACUAGGGCCAUGUUUAUGCCGACUGGUCUCAACUCUGAGUGAGAUUGUGCAGAUAUAUUUUGGUAUGUGUUAGUAUUUUGCCUUUGUUUGUUUAUGAACAAGCAAGUGACUUUUUUUUUAAAUUAUCAAAUGGCUUUACAAAAAUGAGCAGCUCAUUAAACACUUCUUGUGCUC